GCCCCCGCGGGGACGCCGCCAACCAGUUCGCGCAGCCCCCCUGGCGCAUGGCGCUGUGGUCGCUGGCCUAUGGCUUCGUGGUGGCGGCCGCCGUGCCGGGCAACCUGGUGGUCAUCUGGAUCAUCCUGGCGCACCGGCGGAUGCGCACCGUCACCAACUCGUUCCUGGUCAACCUGGCCGUGGCCGACGCGGCAGUCGCCGCGCUCAACCUGCUGGUCAACUUCCUGUACGCGCUGCGCGGGGACUGGUACUUCGGGGCCGGCUACUGCCGCUUCCAGAACGUCUUCCCCAUCACCGCCGUGUUCGCCAGCAUCUACUCCAUGACGGCCAUCGCCGUGGACAGGUACAUGGCCAUCAUAGAUCCCCUGAAGCCCCGGCUGUCCACCACCACCACCAAGAUCGUCAUUGGGAGCAUCUGGGUGCUGGCCUUCCUGCUGGCCCUCCCGCAGUGCCUGUACUCCAGGAUCAAAGUCAUGCCCAGCCGGACGCUGUGCUACGUGCAGUGGCCAGGAGGCCCCAAGCAGCACUUCACCUAUCACAUUGUCGUCAUCAUCCUGGUCUACCUCUUCCCCUUGCUGGUCAUGGGCAUCACCUACACCAUCGUGGGCAUCACGCUCUGGGGAGGAGAGAUCCCGGGAGACACUUGCAACAAGUACCAUGAGCAGCUGAAGGCCAAGAGAAAGGUGGUGAAGAUGAUGAUCGUUGUGGUGGUGACCUUUGCUGUCUGCUGGCUGCCCUAUCACGUCUACUUCAUCCUAACGGCCGUCUACCAGCAGCUCAAUCGCUGGAAAUACAUCCAGCAGAUCUACCUGGGAAGCUUCUGGCUGGCAAUGAGCUCCACCAUGUACAACCCCAUCAUCUACUGCUGUCUGAACAAGAGGUGA